CACCUAUCCACAUCAAUUCCCAUCUCCAACACCCACUCCAAAAUGCCUCCCAAAGCCCAGAAGACUCCCACCACCGGCGGCAAGGCCCCCGCUGGCAAGGCUCCCGCUGAGAAGAAGGAGGCCGGAAAGAAGACUGCCGCUCCCUCUGGCGACAAGAAGAAGCGCACCAAGUCCAGGAAGGAGACGUACUCCAGCUACAUCUACAAGGUUCUCAAGCAGGUGCAUCCCGACACUGGUAUCUCCAACCGCGCCAUGAGCAUCCUGAACUCCUUCGUCAACGACAUCUUCGAGCGCGUCGCCACCGAGGCCUCCAAGCUUGCUGCCUACAACAAGAAGUCCACCAUCUCGUCACGCGAAAUCCAGACCUCUGUCCGCCUGAUCCUGCCGGGUGAGCUCGCCAAGCACGCCGUCUCCGAGGGCACCAAGGCCGUCACCAAGUACUCUUCCUCCACCAAAUAGAUUGGCUAGUUGGGUCACGGGGGUCGGGGGGUUUCUUCCACUUGGGUUUCUCUUUCCAUGGACGACGUUAUCUGAAACGUCUGUGGAUGAUGGGUUUACGGGGUGACGGUGUUCUGGGUCAUUUUAAUGCGAUCAUGGGACGGUUUGCUUGUUCUGUCGGGAAGCGCGACCUUUUACCAGCGUCUUUCUGGCUUCGGAUGUCGAAUAUCGG